AAAAACACCACACACACACACACACACACACGCACUUAAAGGCGUACGACAACACGUGACCGUGCAGCCGAGAUCGAGCCGGGCAACUUCAGGGAACGGGGGCUCGCUUCCGAGGACCCUUCAAAACAGUGUCGUCCUCUGCAAUGUCCCUCCCUUCGAGAGAGAGAAAAAAAAGGUCUUGAGAACACGCCCAGCCAGCCCGGAAGCCUAAGUGCGGAGUGUGCGUAGACGGCCAGGGCAGGCAGGGAGAGCACGCAGUGAAGCGGCAGCCCUCGCCGUAUGUGGCGGCCUAGUGUUACAUCAUCAAUAUUGACAUAAUUUUGCUAAUUUAAUUAAAUGCCCCCCGAAGCCCGCUGAGGACGCGACGGUCGCAACCGGGCGCGCGUUGGCCACUUUCGUGUAACGUCUUGACCGGUGCGCAAGGUGCUGCUGCUGCUACUGCUGCGGCUACUGCAGAGGACGUUUUUUCGGAGCAGUGAGGACCAGCAGGACCGUUGCGGUCCCCGGUGCCCCGUUGCAGCAAGGGGUGGGACGGGGGCAACGGAAACAGCUGCCGGGGUGUGUGUGUGUUUCUUGCAGUGCUUUUUUUUUUUUAAUAAAUUGCUUGCUUGUUCGCUUUUCGGUCGAUCGAUCCACGGUUGUUCCACGGGCGAAUCGAAAUCGAAUCAAACAAAGUGCCCCGCACACGCACACCGUUGCGUUGCGUUUAAUUAAAUUAAAGGAAACGAAAAUCCAAAUUCGAAACCGCUCCCGAUCGGUGUGCGCGCUCGAUCUCGCCAUUUUUUGGGGCCACACACAGGCAGGACCAUCGUCGAGGCGAGUACCCCCACGCGUCAGUCUAACCGUCGGCUCGGUGCGGGACGGAUGGUCCCGAGGAUGUGAAUGUGAAGUGGCCGUCAGUGUUGCUGUUGGGACCUCUCGGGUGCGGGCACGUUACUUAAGUCUCUACCGUGUGUGUGUGGCUGUGUGCAGGUGUUGGUGUGUGUGUGUGAGUGUGGGGUGGGGGCGCGUCACAACAAUCGCACGAUGAAGAAGGCGACCGAGUCGCGGGAGAACCUCGUCAACUCGGCGGUGUCGCUCGAGGACGGCACCACCGAGCCGGUGGACGAUCAUCCCUCAACGCUCCGGUCGAUGAAGAGCGCCGCGUCCGAGUUUGACCUCGACAUCCAGGACAUCGUGCUGACCAAGACGGAGAAGCGCUUCCUGCUCACCGCGGAACGGGGCGAUUGCGCAACCGUAAGAAGAAUCAUCCAGGAAAACAAGGAGCACCCGGAAGAGUUCGACAUCAACUGUGUGGACCCGCUCAACCGCUCCGCCCUGAUAGCGGCCAUCGAAAAUGAGAACAUCGAGCUGAUCAAUCUGCUGCUACGCGAAGGUAUCAAAGUCAAGGAUGCACUGCUGCACGCCAUCAAGGAGGAGUACGUGGAGGCGGUCGAGACGCUGCUGCUGUGGGAGGAGGAAAACCAUGUACCGGGCGAACCCUACAGCUGGGAAGCGGUCGACCGGUCCUCGUCGUCCUUUACCGCCGACAUUACGCCGCUGAUACUGGCGGCACAUAAAAACAACUACGAGAUACUCAAAAUUCUGCUCGACCGCGGUGCCACCCUGCCCAUGCCGCAUGAUGUUCGGUGCGGCUGCGACGAGUGUGUUACCUCGAGCGAGCAGGACUCGCUCCGCCACUCGCAGUCGCGCAUCAACGCGUACAAGGCGCUCUCGUCCAGCUCGCUGAUAGCGCUCAGCUCGAAGGAUCCCAUCUCGACCGCGUUCCAUCUGUCGUGGGAGCUGCGGCGCCUCAGCCGCAUGGAGACGGAGUUCCGUGCCGAGUACACGCAAAUGCGGCUUGCGGUGCAGGAGUUCGCGACGGCCCUGCUCGACCACGCACGCACCUCCAACGAGCUGGAGAUCAUGCUCAACUUUAGCCCGGGCGCGGUCGACAACUGGGAGCCGGGCGAGCGGCAAACGCUCGAGCGGCUGAAGCUCGCCCUCAACCACAAGCAAAAGAUGUUCGUCGCACAUCCGAACGUGCAGCAGCUGCUGGCGGCGAUCUGGUACGAGGGGUUGCCGGGCUUCCGGCGCAAAUCCAUCCUCGGCCAGAUCAUGCAGGUCGCGAAGCUGGGCACAAUGUUUCCGGUGUACAGCAUGAUCUACAUGAUAGCGCCCAACUCGGAGAUGGGUCUGUUCAUGAAGAAACCGUUCGUCAAGUUUAUCGUCCAUUCGGCUAGCUACGCGUUCUUUCUAAUGCUGCUUGGCGGUGCGUCACAGCGCGUCGAGUACCUCGCGAUCGAGUGGUUCGGGCCGGACUGGGCCCAGGACAUACUGGCGGAGUGGAAGCGAAAGGAGCGUGGCUCGCUUCCCGGGAUGUUCGAGUGUCUGGUGAUACUGUACAUCAUAAGUUUGAUAUGGCACGAGAUGAAGUCGCUCUGGAACGACGGGCUGAUGGAGUACGUCUCGGACCUCUGGAACAUUGUCGACUUCAUCUCCAACACGUUCUACAUCGUGUGGAUGAGCCUGCGCUUCACCUCCUGGUACACGGUUUGGCGCGACGCCAAGGCGGGCCUCAAUCCCUGGUACCCGCGCGAACAGUGGGACCCGUUCGAUCCGAUGCUGCUGUCCGAGGGCGCGUUCGCCGCCGGCAUGAUCUUCUCCUUCCUCAAGCUGGUGCACAUCUUCUCGAUCAAUCCGCACCUCGGGCCGCUGCAGGUGUCGCUCGGCCGCAUGAUCAUCGACAUCAUCAAGUUCUUCUUCAUCUACACGCUGGUGCUGUUCGCGUUCGGGUGCGGCCUGAACCAGCUGCUCUGGUACUACGCGGUGCUGGAGAAGAACAAGUGCUACCAUCUGCCGAGCGGGCUGCCCGACUUCGACAACAACGAGAAGGCGUGCGCGAUCUGGCGCCGGUUCGCGAACCUGUUCGAAACGUCCCAGUCGCUGUUCUGGGCCUCGUUCGGGCUGGUCGACCUGAUGGCGUUCGAGCUGAGCGGCAUCAAGAGCUUCACGCGCUUCUGGGCGCUGCUAAUGUUCGGCUCGUACAGCGUGAUCAACAUCAUCGUGCUGCUGAAUAUGCUGAUUGCCAUGAUGAGCAACUCCUACCAGAUUAUUUCGGAACGGUCCGAUACGGAGUGGAAGUUUGCCCGGUCGCGGCUGUGGAUGAGCUACUUCGAGGAUGGCGAUACGCUGCCGCCACCGUUCAAUCUCUUCCCCUCGAUCAAAAACUUCACCAACCUAUGCAAAUGCUCGAACGACAAGCGCUCCACGACGAGCAUUAUUAAACGCAACCGGGAGAAAGCCCAGCGGCGCCACGAGAACGUCAUGAAGCUGCUCGUCCGGCGCUACGUGACGGCGGAGCAGCGCAAGCGGGACGACUUCGGCAUCACCGAGGACGACGUGAUGGAGAUCCGGCAGGACAUUAGCACGCUGCGGUACGAGCUGAUUGACAUACUGCACCAGAACGGUAUGCGCACGCCGAACCUGAAGCCGAACGAGAACGCAAUUGCCGGCAAGAAGGGGCGCGUGAUGGAGCGGCGCAUACUGAAGGACUUCCAGAUCGGGUUCGUCGAGGGCAUCCUGCAGGACACGUUCGCGACGCCGAGCGAGAAGCCGGCGGACGUGUUCAGCACCAUCGCGAAGGCAAUCGGCAACAAGUCGAGCACGAAGAAGAAGAAGCCAGAGGACUGGAAUGCGCUGGUGCGGCGCAGCACGGUCGCGCGCGACCCGAUCGGCAACUCGACCGAGGCGAUCAUGCGCCGCAGCCGGCAGAGCCUGCGGAAGCAGAUACUGGACAACUCGAACAAGGGGCUCGAGAUGGACACGGACCAUCUGGUCGAGUACAACCCGAAGCUGUCCGAGGUGACGCCGGUGACGCGCGUCGCCUACGUCAAGUUCAUGACGACCAAGAUGAAGAAGGACGCGGCGGAUGUGGCGGCGGCCACGGCCGCGGCGGAGGCGGCCGGCGCGAGCGAAACCUCGACCUCGACCUUCGAGAACGAGCGCCGCCAGACGUGGAAGCGCAGCUCGCUCAAGAACCUGGUCGACAUGAAGGACAAGAUCAGCGACCUCGAGGCGAGCGGGGAGCAGCCACCGGUCCCGGACGAGCAGGAGGCCGCCGAGCCGGCUGAACCGACCACGGCCAUGGUCACGGUGGAGGAGCCGCAUCCCGCCGAGCCCGCGCCGGAGGCGGAACCGCUGGAGGGGGUACGGGCGGAGCCCCGGCCGAAGGUGCGCGUCCGUUCGCCCAUCAUCGAGGACCCGAACGAGGAGCGCGAGGACACACCGUGCUGUGCUAGCCCGCCACCACCGCCGGACCCGAUCCCGGAGCGGCCGGUGUCGCCGAUUCCGCCCAACAGCCCGGAACGUCAUCCCGUGCCGGAGAUUGAGUCACCCUCACCACCACCAGCAGCAGCAGCAGCAGCAGCGGGUACCAAAUCACCGGAAGGGUCUGCCCGCUGUCAGGAGACGCUGUCGCCCACCGGUUCCACCAAGUCAACCGAAUCGGUCCGCCCCAAGCCGGCGACGCCCUCGUCCAAGGCGCCGGAGCGGCUCACGCUCAGUCCAACCCCGUCCGGCCCGUCGGAGGACACCGGCGGUCCGAAGGCGUCACCCUCGAACCGCGGCAAGUCCAAGAGCACGGGCCGCAAUCUGGGCGGCUGGAUCUAGGGUGGGAGGAAACGCUCCUUUCACAGAAGCUUCGCCACAGGGCUGUUUCGCUGCCAACCGCUGCUUUGCUACCGGCGUUGCGUUCGAUUUGCCCGCCACUGUGCUCCACUGACUUAUUUCCCUCCCUUUGCCCUGCCCGCAACUCGCUGCGCCGCCUUGUUUUAAGCUUCUUCAAGCUGUAGUCCAAGCUUCUUGGCGUGGUCCAGCUUACCAACCCCGGCAAGCCGCUUAGCAUCGUUAAUUAGCGAUAAUUUGUUUGUUUUGCACUUUGAUUGGGCGAAAGCAAUGCGGUUUCCAUUCCAAUUCCCCAUACCACACCCAGCCCUUUUUUGCCCAGUGACGUCCCACAGCUACUGUGCGUGCCCGUGCCCAUCCAUUGACACACUAUCGAUUUUGCAUUUCGCUUCCCUGGCGCGGCUGAUGACGCUCGCUCGAAAACACCUUGCUACACACAAAAAUUAUCGCCUCACAAAUUUAUGGCCCUGCCGUGAGCGUAGUAGUUGUGUUUGUUUUUCCUUCCCACUCCAUCCUUUUCUUCUUCUUCUUCUUCUUCUUCCUCGUGUUUAAUCUCCCUCCCAAACGCGGCAAAGGACGCGAGCCGUCGGUCUAACAAUGUGCACGCUUCGCCAUAAUUGCGCCAUUUGUAGAUUGAGUGGACUUUGGUGGUGGUUUUUGGUCCUUCGAACCGGAUGCUACUCACAACAAGCUACACCGAAGUCACGUAGCAACACACACACACAUAAGGCCGGAUUUGGCAAUGAUCACAUCGCUUAAUAGAUACAGCAACACAUGCAGCAGGCGUGCGUGUGCGAGCAUCGAAUGCUUCUGCAUUUAGCAGCAACGGGGACGUCUUAGCGGGUGAAUACAUACCGACCCCCCCCCCCCCCCCCCUCCCACGGAGUAUGCAUUAAUUAAUGUUACGAAACAAAGUUUGCUAACAUUGCCACGUACUAGGAAUUAGAUGUACCUUGUUUCCCCCCACUUUUGAAUGUGUUUGUUUGUGUAUUAUUGCUGGUGCAACCACUACUACUACUACUACUACUACCACUACUAUUACUGUUACUACUUACAAUUUCGGUGUGUUUGAACGCAUAAUGCUGUGGUACAUGCUGCAAUAAAGUAAACGCUGGACGCAUUAUAGACGCGAAUACAAAAUCCAUAUUGCGCCAGAACUCGUGAUGCAAAUUCGUGGGUUUUUUUUUCCUUUCUACCUUCUGCCCUGUUGUAGUGGGGCGGUAGAUAUGUUGUUGAGAAAUUAAUCUGCUUAGUUUCUUUUUUGAUCCGCCGAGUCUUUCCAGAUCUUCCAGAUUUAAAGAAUUCCCCAUUGACAUACAUUCGGUAGCGAUUGGUGGAGAACACAGUCAUACAGCAAUUAAGACGCAGUCGCUCAUUAAUUGGAGAGCUUUCCUGUCUGCAUCCUGGCAAACGCAUCCAGCACAUCCUACAUUAAACUGCACUGCACUGACACUUAAUCGUACACACUACUUGAAGCUGAUGCUGCUCUAAUAAUGGCAUCUUGGCAAAUCUGGGAUCGUCCAGCCAGCCUGAGCUCCAGCUGUUCGCUAUGCUCCUCUUCUCACUUCCAUCUCGUUGGAGCAUCCAGACGCUCGCGGAGCAUCACAAAAUUGGGCAACUUUAUUGGAGAUUGAAUUUAAACAUCGUCGUACACCGCAGGACUGCCUCAACGAGGAACUUACUACGGUCGUAGCGUAAAAAAAACAAUCCCCAACCUGUUGCUAAUGCUACCUAGGGUCGCGCACAGCAAAAAUAGCAUCACAGCAUCUUGCACCAUGGGGUGCGAUACAUCUCGGACGCCAAUAUUGUACUUCCUGUGGACCAAACGGUCAGCCCGAACGAAUGGCCGAACGAAAAUUAAUCGCUGCGCAUUUGUUUCAAUCCCGUCCCGACGACUACGACCCCGGGAUCGAUGGCAUGAGGGGGCGCAGUUUGAUUUGUUCUUUAUUUAGUUUUAAAAUCAAUACCUUGGACACACACACACACACACGCACUGCAUCGACUAAUGAAAGAAUCGUUACCGCGCGAAGAUGCAGACAUCCCCCCCCCCCACGGGACGGAAGCCACGGCCUGCUGGGAAAAGGAAAGUUUCGCUCCGGCCUGGUGCCUGGUUAAUCGAGCUAAUCAAGGAAUCUGUUGUACCACGGUGUGGUGGCCACCGUUUUUCGCACGUCACCUGUCGGCUCGUUGCUGUUACUGUUGCGAGUUUGCGAGGGCGUUAGAUAAACUGCCGAACUGCCGUCCGAGCUGGGAGGAUUUAGAAUGGUACUGGUGGGGUUGAAGAUUUU